AUGGCUCCACGAGCAGCGAGCAACAAAACCCAGCCAUAUUGGGAUGUUUCUCUAUCAGUCGACAAACGGGUCGAGGAUCUCAUCCAGCGGAUGACCAUCGAAGAAAAAGUAGGUCAGCUUUUCCACACCAGGAUUGACACGGGAGUCAACGAUACACUGGCAAACACAUCUGUACCCUUGGUCCAAGGGCUAUUCAUGUCACAUUUUAACACUGGAGCCUCGAUUACCAAUGCAUCAAGCUUUGCAAGAUGGUCUAAUAGCCUACAAGACCUUGCUGCGAACACUCGUCUUGGUAUACCUAUCACCCUUUCGACCGAUCCUCGACAUGCAUUCACAGAUAACAUUGGCACCGGUCUCCCCGCUGGAGCAUUUUCGCAAUGGCCCGAGAGUUUGGGGCUUGCUGCAUUGCGAAGUCCAGAAAUCGUGAAGGACUUUGCAAACAUUGCCCGACAAGAGUACCUCGCCGUCGGGAUUAAGUCUGCCCUGCAUCCUCAGGUUGACCUCGCCACCGAGCCUCGCUGGUCCAGAAUCGCAGGAACCAUGGGCGAGGAUGCGCACCUUACCGCAAAGCUCGUUGUUGCUUACAUCGAGGGUUUCACUGGCCAGACAUUUGGACAUGAUUCAGUGACCACUGUUACCAAGCACUUCCCAGGUGGUGGAGCCAUACAGAACGGAGAAGACAGCCAUUUUGAAUACGGUCAAAACGCCACGUACCCCGGCAACAAUUUCGAUUACCACCUCAUCCCAUUCGAAGCAGCGAUCAAGGCUGGUGCAAGACAGAUGAUGCCAUACUAUUCACGACCCAUUGGAACCCAAUACGAGGAAGUUGGUUUCGGCUUCAACAAGGGCAUCGUCACCGGUCUACUUCGAGAAAAAAUGGGCUUCGACGGCAUUGUCGUUUCCGAUUGGGGUCUCAUAACUGACUCUCUUAUCCGUGGAGAGCCUUUCCCAGCUCGUGCCUGGGGUGUCCAGAACUUGACGCAUAUUCAGAGGGCGGAGAAGAUCCUCAAUGCAGGGUGUGACCAAUUUGGAGGCGAGACGAGAACCGAUCUCAUCUUGCAAUUGGUUGACAACGGCACCAUCAGCGAGGAGCGUAUCGAUGUUUCCGUUAGAAAACUGUUGCGCGAGAAAUUUCUCCUUGGCCUGUUUGAAAACCCAUAUGUCGACCCCGUUGCAGCCGGGCGCAUUGUUGGCCAAUCGGCAUUCCGCAAACUCGGAAACGACACCCAACGAAGGGCAUUCACUUUACUAUCCAACGACGAUAACUACCUACCUCUUAGGACAGUCCCUGCAGCCACAAAGUUUUACAUUGAAGGGUUUAACCAGACGUAUCUUGAGAGACGUGGGCUGCAAGUGGUUGCUACUCCUGCAGAAGCUGACUACGCUCUUGUCCGUCUCCAGGCCCCCUAUGAGUACCGUGCCGGAGCUUUCACAAGUGGUUUCCACGCCGGAUCUCUGGCAUACAAUGCAACAGAGCAGGCACGUCAGGCAGCCAUCUACGAAGCAGUUCCUACCAUUGUCGACAUCUACCUAGACCGACCAGCUAUCAUCCCUGAGAUUAUCGAGUCUGCCGCCGCCGUCAUGGCGAACUUCGGUAGCGGGCCAGACGCGUUGUUGGACAUCGUCUUCGGAGUAGAUGGAGCGAGCCCACAAGGUAAGCUUCCGUUUGACCUGCCCAGGAGCAUGGCGGCUGUGGAGGCGUCAAAGGAAGACGUACCGUUCGAUACAGAGAACCCGGUUUUCCGAUUUGGACACGGGUUGAGGUAUGUGGACGACUGCUAA